AUGUCUUUGACUCUCAGUCUCACCAUUACAACACCGCGUUUCCCGCAACUACAACACCGGACCUCAUCGCCCAUUCUCAAAUUCAAACCCAAUUCACCACUUUCCAUCACUCGUGCUUCUUCCUCUAUGUCCACCACAUCCUUAUCUCACCUCAGCGUCGACGAAGACUUACCGCCAAAUUACGGAGACUGGCUUCCUAAACCCGAAAUUCACCUCCGUAGAAGAGCCGGUAUUCUUCUCCAUCCGACGUCGUUUCAAAGUCCAUACGGAAUCGGCGAUCUUGGAAUUGAGGCAUUUCGUUUCAUUGACUGGCUUCACCGAACCGGUUGCUCCCUUUGGCAGGUUCUUCCUCUUGUGCCUCCGGGAAGAAAGGCUAACGAAGAAGGAUCUCCUUACUCAGGCCAGGAUGCGAAUUGUGGUAACACGCUUUUGAUUUCUCUUGAAGAGCUUGUUGAGGAUGGAUUGUUGGAGAAACACGAGCUUCCCGAACCAAUUGACGCAGAGCGUGUGAAUUUUUCGGUUGUUGCUAAUCUUAAGGAUCCUUUGAUAACUAAAGCUGCAGAGAGGCUUAUUUCAAGCAAAGGGGAACUCAAAACACAGCUUGAAAAUUUUCGCAGGGAUCCUAACAUUUCAAGUUGGCUUGAAGAUGCAGCUUAUUUUGCUGCUAUUGAUGACAGUUUGAACACACUCAGUUGGUACGAUUGGCCCGAACCCUUAAAAAACCGCCAUCUUGUAGCUCUAGAAGAUAUUUAUGAACAAAAGCGAGAUUUUAUAAAUGUAUUUAUUGCGCAACAGUUCUUGUUCCAAAGACAAUGGCAGAAAGUUCGCGACUACGCACAAAGUAGGGGAAUCAGAAUAAUGGGAGACAUGCCCAUUUAUGUUGGUUAUCACAGUGCAGAUGUUUGGGCAAAUAAGAAUCAGUUUGCACUGAACAAGAAAGGCUUUCCGCUUUUAGUCAGUGGUGUGCCUCCUGAUGCAUUCAGCGAAACUGGUCAGCUGUGGGGAAGCCCCCUGUAUGAUUGGAAAGCCAUGGAGAAAGAGGGGUACUCAUGGUGGAUACGUCGCAUACGACGUGCUCAAGAUAUAUAUGACGAAUUUAGAAUUGACCAUUUUAGAGGAUUAGCUGGAUACUGGGCUGUUCCCUCUGAAGCGAAAAUAGCUAUGGUUGGAAAGUGGAAGGUAGGACCUGGAACAUCCUUCUUUGAUGCCAUUUCCAAAGCUGUUGGAAGGAUUAAUAUCACAGCAGAAGACCUGGGAGUUAUCACUGAGGAUGUAGUGCAACUACGGAAAUCCAUAGGAGCCCCUGGAAUGGCCGUCCUCCAGUUUGCGUUUGGAGGUGGUCCUGAUAACCCUCAUUUGCCUCAUAAUCACGAGUGCAAUCAAGUUGUCUAUACAGGGACUCAUGACAAUGACACGAUUAAGGGUUGGUGGGAAGCUUUAAACCAAGAAGAGAAAUCGCAUGUAUUAAGUUAUAUUUCAUUAACCGAGCAAGAUGAUAUUCCUUGGGCACUAAUCCAGACAGCGGUGGCCUCUGUUGCUCAAACAGCAAUAAUACCUAUGCAAGAUGUUCUUGGACUCGGGAAUUCUGCCAGGAUGAAUAUUCCUGCAACUCAGUUUGGAAACUGGGGAUGGAGGGUUCCAAAAUCUGUGAACUUUGACAGGUUAGACACAGAGGCAACAAGAUUAAAAGAUAUGCUUUCAUUGUAUGGCCGGGUUUGA